AUGGGGUGUUCCUGGCCGUGCUGCGCACUCACCUGCGUGCUCCUUUCGGGGUUCGGAGUCGUGUUUCUGCUUGUUUUCGGCGCCUUGAUGUCCAGCCGCUCCAACACAAUUGAAAUCGAACACGACAAAAUGGAAAACGGCAGCACCGCCGCCUACAUCUGCGCAGCGGUCUACGGCGUCUUCUUCGUGAUCUCGGCGGUGUACCUGUUCAUCCACUCGCGCCGCAGGACGCAGAGCGCCGCGCCAGUGGCCGUGCCGCUGCAGUCGAUGGCGGAGGCCGGCGACGGCGAGACGCCGAAGCCUGAUCUCGAGGACUCGCCGCCGAUGUUCUCUGCGCAGGCGCCGCAGAAGACAUUCUCGCUAGGGCGCUCAACCUCCGGCAGCCCUGUCGCUGACUGA